AUGCCUCGUCCCGCAAAGACCAAAUCACGCUGCCAAGACACCUCUCUUGACAUCGCCUCCGAACCCAAGAGUCCUUCGAGGUCAGCGAAUAAGCCGGGAAAGCAGGCUCUACAGGACCGUAGCGUGAACAUCCUUCCCGCUGCUCAAAAGCGUGAUGGGGUCAAGUCCAACGGGAGCAAGAAACGCAAGAGUGAGAGCAACGAGGAUCAUGUUGAAGCAGAUGGUGUGGGUUUGAGCCGUGACUCUGAAACUCCUGCUGCUGGAAAGUCGACGAACUCGAACCCGAACAAGAAGGCCAAGCAAGCUGAAUCGACCUCCACCACGGCAGGAAUCGUGCAGAAGCAAGGCGCGAACUCAAAGCCCCGACAGAGUGCCGGCCAAGGCAACCUCAAAGUCAACUACGUCUCCGAGGUCUCUUCAGUCGUCCUUAAAGGCGAAGAAGGCAUUAAUCCCGUCCCUGUGUACGAUACGUGCGAUGAUAUCCGUGCCAAGAUCAAUCGCUUCCUCCGAGACACGCCUUCAGCCACCAACGCGGGUUUCGUCCGCGACAUCAACGCGGUCACUCUAUGCCCAUCAAUCAAGAACGCCACAGCAGCACAACUCAGUGCGUUCCUGAAGAGGCACGGUCCCACCGACGGCGCCGAGAGCCCGGUCUUCUACAGAAGCUACGUCUUCUUCGAGAAGCUCCGGAUCGUGCGCGGCAAGCCAAAGACCAAGAAGAGACUGGAGAUGGAGAAUGUGUGGAAAGCCAGUGGUAUGGACCUGACGGAUCUGGGCAAGACACGCGUCUGGUGCGGUCCGAAUCAGACUGCGUACACGAGUGUGUACGGCGAGCUGCAAAUCGUCGGACGAUGGGGCAGGUGA